AGGAGCGGGGAGCAAAGUGCCUGGACCUGUCACACAACCCCACAGAGGGCUCCCACCCCAGGCACGGGACUGUUCUUCCAGCUGCAGACACCAGCACAGGCCCUUGAGUCGUUCCGGGAACACGCCAAGGAAUCAGCUCAACUGGUGCCAAGGUGCAGCUGGCUCUGGGGUGGGACAGCCAAGUAAUAGUCUCACCCUGCUCCCUGCAGAGCUGAGCCUCCCAUUGCCAGGCUGAGGCGCUGGAGACGACUGACUUUCAGGAGAGAGGACCCCCACACUGCUCCCUGCAGCACAGCUCCCCUAGUAGCGCAUAGGGACCAACACUGACGCCGGGAGGUCUGUCUCUGUCCCUGCCCUGCCAUGGCGCGUGAAUACUUCACCCACAAGGGGGUACUGUUCCCAUGCCUGGAUUACUCCCCCGAGAAGCUGAGCUACGUGGAGAAUGAAUUCCAGGUGCGGGACGAUGACAUCUUCAACAUCGCCUAUCUCAAGUCAGGCACUAACUGGAUGCUGGAGAUCCUGAGUCUGAUCCGUUGUGACGGGGACCCCGGCUGGGUGCGCAGCGUGCUGAACUGGGAGCGGGCGCCCUGGGUGGAGAGCCAGCUGGGGCUGGAGGCUGCCCUGAAAUACCCCCCACCCCGGCUGCUCUGCUCCCACCUCCCCGUCCAGCUCUUCCCCAAGUCCCUGCAGCGCUCCAAGGCCAAGAUCAUCUACACCCUGCGCUGCCCCAAGGACGUCCUGGUCUCGCUGUACCACUUCUCCAAGCUGCUGCUCCUGUUCAAGGACCCUGGUUCACUGGACUCCUUCCUCGAGGACUUCCUGAGUGGGAACGUGCCCUACGGCUCCUGGUUCGACCACGUCACCGGCUGGAUGGGGCUGAAGGGCAACGAGAACUUCUUCUCCAUCACCUACGAGGAGCUGCAGCAGGAUCCGUGGGGCAGCGUGCGGAGAAUCUGCCACUUCCUGGGGAAGGAGCUGAGUGAGGAGCAAGUGGCCGCGGUGGUGGAGAACGCCUCCUUCCAGAGCAUGAAGGGGAACAAAAUGUCCAACUACUCGCAGCAGAGGGACGAGUUCAUGGACCACCAGAACGGGGAGUUCCUGAGGAAAGGGAUCUGCGGUGACUGGAGGAACCAUCUCUCGGAGGCACAGAGCCAACGAUUUGACACCGUUUACCGGGAGCGGAUGCAGGGUCUGGGCAUGACCUUCCCCUGGGACUGACGGCCCCGCGCCCGCCACAUCUGCACCCGCAAUACACCGGCCCUGUGCCACCCACGUGCUACUGAUCUUCCUGUGCCGUGGGAGAUGCCCCCUGGGGCCGCAUCACUGUGACCAGCAGGGGGCAGCACCCACCCAUGGGGCAGAUCUACAUUUUUACUAAUACGUGUGAACAAAGGGUUAGGGUUGCUAAGAACAGACAGACACUGUAAAUGUUGCUUUUGCCUAAACCUGAUGGAUUUGUUAGUAUAAUGGGAAUAGAGAAGAGCAGUUCAAGUGUUACUGGGCAUGGUGGGAAUGUAUAGGCGAGCGCACACUUGAAGACUGCCUCAGCUCCUUAUCUCAAGGCGAGGUCAAGCAACCAGUUAGGAGGGGCAAGGAAGUCUGGGGGGCAGGCGUAAGAAACACUAAAAGGCAGAGAAAGGCCUGGCCGUGGCCAGACCACAACUUUACUCCUUACCUCUCCCAGGAGGUACCAAAGGGGUGGGAUGAAGACCCCAACUGAUGACCCUCCAAAACAGAACAUGACCAUAGGUUGUCAGCAGGGGCGGCAGGUUUGUAUCAUUUUUGGUGGUGCCCAGAACAGGUCCAAGUCUCCCCCUCCACCACCUGCUUUGUCAGCCAAUAUACAGUAACUCUCACUUAAACUGGUCCUGGUUAAUGUUUUGUUAUGUUACUGAUCAAUUAGAUCAGUGAUUCCCAAACUUUUUUUGCGGAGCACUGGAAAAUUGCUGAGGGUCUCGGUGGACCACUUAAUGAUCUUUCCAAAUGUUGUUUGUACCGUUAGCUAACUAUUGUAAAGCGCAGCCCCCCCAUCAGCUCCCCUGAGUUCCCUGGGGGGCCCAGCAGCCUAUCAAUUGCUGGCAAUUCAGCUGCCCCUCCCCCCACUGCCGUGUGCUGCUCCUGCCCUCUGCCUUGCAGCUGCUCCCUGAGCCUCCAGCUUACUGUGAGAGGGGUGCUGAUGUCAGCAUGUACCCCUCCCCCCACCCCAUAUCCCAUCUCCAUAGAGCAGGGGGAGAGGAGGACACGACAGGGCUCAGGACGGAGGGAGCUUGCUGGCAGCAGCUGCUGUCUCAA